GUCAUUGGCCAGUGAGUGUAGCACUAACAGCCAAAAUGGCGGGCACGAUGUUGAGGUCGCUUACUAAACUAGGACGUCCUUCAACAAAAUUGAUAUUAAAUAAUAAUUUGCUGAGCCCUGCCUGUACUGUCCUGCAGAACAGGCAGAAACAAUGGCAGCCAGAUGUGGAGUAUACCGAGCAAUUUGCCGGGGCCGUGAUGUACCCCACUGCUGUUAACGAGAAAUGGGUCCCACCACCAUGGAAUGACAAAGAUCCUGAUGCAGUGAAGGAUGUGUCUAACCUGACCAUCAACUUUGGCCCCCAGCAUCCUGCAGCUCACGGCGUGCUGCGUCUAGUCCUGGAGCUCAGUGGAGAGUCCGUCAAGAAGUGUGACCCCCACAUAGGCCUUCUUCACCGUGGCACAGAGAAGCUCAUUGAGUACAAGACCUACCUGCAGGCUCUGCCCUACUUUGACCGCCUGGACUAUGUUUCCAUGAUGUGUAACGAGGAGGCCUACUCUUUGGCUGUGGAGAAGCUGCUCAACAUCCAGGCCCCCCCCCGUGCACAGUGGAUCCGAGUUCUGUACGGAGAGCUGACCCGCAUCCUGAACCACAUCAUGGCCAUCACUACGCACGCCCUUGACAUCGGUGCCAUGACCCCCUUCUUCUGGUUGUUCGAGGAGCGAGAGAAGAUGUUUGAGUUUUAUGAGCGAGUGUCCGGAGCCAGAAUGCACGCUGCAUACAUCAGACCUGGCGGUGUGCAUCAGGAUAUGCCCGUUGGCCUGAUGGACGACAUCUAUGAGUGGUGCAAGAACUUCUCCAUUAGAAUCGAUGAAGUAGAAGAGAUGUUGACCAACAAUCGUAUCUGGCAGAAGCGUACCGUGGACAUCGGGGUGGUGACGGCAGAGGAAGCCCUCAACUACGGCUUCAGUGGAGUGAUGCUGCGCGGGUCAGGCAUCAAGUGGGACCUGAGGAAAUCUCAGCCUUACGACAAGUACGACGAGGUGGAGUUCGACAUCCCCAUCGGAAGCAACGGAGACUGCUAUGACAGGUAUCUGUGCAGGAUGGAGGAGAUGAGGCAGUCGCUGCGCAUCAUGCUGCAGGCUCUCAACAAGAUGCCAGAAGGAGAGAUUAAGGUGGACGAUGCCAAGGUGGCCCCACCCAAGAGGUCUGAGAUGAAGAAUUCCAUGGAGUCUCUGAUCCACCACUUUAAACUGUACACAGAGGGCUACCAGGUCCCUCCAGGCGCCACAUACACAGCUGUGGAGGCCCCCAAGGGGGAGUUUGGUGUGUAUUUGGUUUCAGACGGCUCCAGCAGACCCUACCGCUGCAAGAUCAAAGCUCCCGGAUUCGCUCACUUGGCUAGUCUGGAUAAAAUGGCCAAAGGACACAUGUUGGCUGAUGUGGUGGCCAUUAUUGGUACACAGGACAUCGUGUUUGGCGAAGUUGACCGUUAGCGUGCUGGUUCCCUAAAGAUGAGGAUUCUUUCUCCUCUUCACUCCUCUGUUAGUCAUGUUCUCUUCCUGUUCACUUGUUGCUGUAGUGAGGCUUUGAGAGAUGACUCUGCUAAUAACCAGUGAUGUACAAAUACACUUAAUAAAUAUUUUAUGAUUGGACAGCAAA